AUGUCCGGCAAGCCAUUGGGAAUCUGCGACAUGACCUUGUCACCGAUUGCAGUGGCCACGCUCCAGGCGACCGGCCUCUCGACAGCGUCCAACAUGUGCGCCCAAUUCCUCGACCAUUACCAGCAGCAGCGUCCGUUCUCGCUGGACCCCCUGCAGCUGCUGCGGUUCCUCCUGCUGACGCUGCUCACGACGCCGCCAAACUACCACUGGCAGCAGUUCCUCGAGCGGCGAUUCCCGGCGCACAUUCCGACCCGGCGGCCCUACGAGGCGAUUGAGCUGCAGCAGAUUGUCGAGGAAGGCGGCGAGCGGCAGGCACGGCCGCCCGAAGCGUUCAGCUACCGCAACACGCUGACCAAGUGGUUCAUCGACUGCAUCACGCUGGGCGCCGUCCUCAACACGGUCGCGUUCCUCGUCAUCAUGGGCGUCUUGAAGGCCCGCUCACCGGGCAGCAUAUGGCAGAGCGUCGUGGAUGAUACGGUUCCUAUUAUUGUUGCCGGAUACAGAAUCUGGCCGCUGGCAUCGAUUGUGAGCUUCAGCGUGAUUCCCGUUUCCAAGAGGAUUGUGUUUCUGAGCUUCAUCGGCUUCCUGUGGGGGAUAUACAUGAGCCUGGUGGCGGCUCGCGUGUAG